AGCAGACAGGACAGUUUGAGAGAGAGCGUUGCAGUAACAGGUCCCUGCAAAUAAGACAAAGGAGGCCAGAUUCCAGCUAUCAUCCUCCUUCUGAGGUCUUCGCUGUGAUAUCAUGGAUCUCCUUCACAGCUGGGGGGUUGAGCUGGCCAUUCACCUGCAGACCAGAUACAGCAGGUACGAGGGCCUUUUCAGCCUUGCUUCUGCCGUGGCUGAUUUGCACACCACGUUCUUCUGCCUGUUCCCCGUCUGGUUCUACAUACGCAGAGACACGGGGGUCAGGCUUAUCUGGGUGGCUGUCAUCGGAGACUGGCUCAAUUUAUUGCUGAAAUGGGUUCUUUCUGGGGAGAGGCCGUACUGGUGGGUUCAUGAGACCCAGUUUUACAGAGCGGGAAAGGCCCCUUCGCUGCAGCAGUUUCCAAUCACAUGUGAGACUGGACCAGGAAGCCCUUCAGGUCAUGCUAUGGGUGUAGCUGGUGUCUGGUAUGUGAUGGUUACUGCGUUGCUUUCAAUUGCAAGAGAAAAAAAAUGCCCCUUUUUGCUAUACAGGUUGUUGCAGAUAGGUUUGUGGGCCUUGAUGGCUCUGGUGGUGCUGAUUGUCUGCAUGUCCAGGGUUUUCAUGGCGGCCCAUUUCCCACAUCAGGUUAUAACAGGGUUCAUCACAGGGAUUGUUGUCGCUGGAAUAGUUUCCAAGAAGAAGUGGAUUUACAACGCCAGCAUGAGCAAAUACCUCAUCAUCACCAUCUUCAUGACUGUUUUCGCUAUUGGCUUCUACCUGCUGCUUAAAAUUGUUGGAGUGGACUUGCUUUGGACCAUAGAAAAAGCCCAGAAAUGGUGCAUCCGGCCGGAGUGGAUCCACAUGGACACCACACCCUUCGCCAGCCUCCUACGUAACAUGGGUAGUCUGCUCGGGCUCGGACUCGGACUGCAAUCUCCGUUCUACGGUGACUUCAAGAAGAACUCAAAUGCUGCCUUCAAAAUGGGGUGCAUUAUGAUUUCUUUGUUCUUGCUUCAACUCUUGGAUGGAUGGACAUUUUCCUCGGACAACCAUGUGUCUUUUUAUGUACUAUCUUUUGGUAAGAGUGCUUUUGCACUUUUAAUCCCAACUAUUUUGGUUCCUUGGGCUCUCUGCAGGAUCUGCAAAGGAACUGAGGUUGAUAAGAACUUGUAAUUUAGAUCUGACAUGGUGCUUCAAUUUAGCUACUUUUUUUUUUUUAGCUAUUCCUUAUUUUCUUAAAUUGUUUCCUAAUCUUUAUUAAAGAAAACUGAGACAAA